UCGUUAUUGCUUCAGAUUUAAGACCUUGCUCUGAUUAAUUAUAAAGCGUAUGUGUAAAAGAAACCAAACUAUGGACCGUCUAAACAAGACCGAAGAAGCGUGCUGGGUACCGAGAGGCGGGGCCUCCGGCAGAAACUGGGAAGCAGCUGACAUCACAAAGAAACUUUCUUGUUUUCUCAUCACCAUGACAGCAAUGUUUCCACACAAGCCAUCUGAAUGAUCUCAGAACAACAUGAACAGUCUGUUGAACAGUAGCCAGAGUUUCACCCAUUGGUGUCAACGAUGCCAAAGAAAAGCAAAGAAGUCCAGACCAAGGCUUUUGCAUGAGAGCACCCUGAACCUGGGUGACACAGUAAUCUGCUACAACACCACCCAUAACCAGAGUUACUCUGGCAGGUCAGCUGAUGGACGUCCUCUUGACUUUCAUCUGAAAGAUCCCAGCUUCCCAUCACAGCAUCUGAGUCAUGUGGAUCUCAGUGACAACUCCACCCCAUUGCAGUGUCCACUUCUGUCUCACACUCAAGAGGUGCACAACCACAAACACAUCACUCUGAGAUCCAGCUUAAACACAAAAGAGUGGAUGCAGCGCCACAGUGGUCAGGCUGUCAGAGAACUUACCAACCCACAGGGUGUAUCAGAGUACUGGACCACCUAUAAUACAGAACACACACCUCCAGUGACUAACGUCUUGCCACGGCUAGCCGGCAAACCAAUACAAUGGCAUCAGCAUGAUAUACUGACAGGUGAACAAAGGCAGACAGUUGCUCUACGAAAACCCAGAAGACAGGCUGGAGACAAGCUGCUGUGGGCAGCAAGGCGAUGGGAGACAGACUGCACAGCACUCAGACUGUAUUAAUCAGUGUUAUGUGAGGAAAAUAUACCUAUGUGUGGCUAACAACCUCUAUUCUGAGAGUUCAUUUAUAACAGUUAAAACUUUCAAUAACGACCCAGUGUUAAAUGCAAGCCACCAGGCAUUAAGCUGAUUACAGUAAAUCUUGCAUAUGACAGGUCACUUAAGUUAUGAAAUCUGAAGCAAUAACUCUUAAUGUUACAUUUCAUAUCAUUUUACCACAAAAAAGACACUAUAACAGUCAAUGAAAACUUAUUUGAAGCAAAGUUUAUUCACUGUCAAAGAUCUCCAAUAAAAGAACAAAUAAUGAAAUGGUUUGAAAGACGGGUCAGAAAUGAAGUGGCUGAAGAGAAAAAGGACAUAAAUAAAUAAUAGGAACAGGAAAAAAAAUAUUACUUACAGGGAAAGGCUUGAGCAGUGGGCCUAUUUACACAGAAACACCACACACCGGUAAUACAUUACACGGUUAUUAUCUAAGAGUUGACAGAACACAGAGUCCAGCUAGCAGCAGUACAGCAGUAGGCUUUUUUCUAGAAACACUUUCACUCCUGAUGAGAGCUCUGUUUGAAAUCCAGUUUACUCAGCAUUUUUAAACACAACAAAAGCAGACUCAAAAGUAAACUUGUUCUUUAAACACUGUCCUUAAUAAUAAUAAUAAUAAUAAUAAUAAUAAUAAUAAUAAUAAUAAUAAUAAACAUUGCUGUGAUGGAUCUGAGAGGAUGAUGCAGUAAUGCUACAAAAACUGCUCAGUAGUAACUUUUUCUAAAUAGGAAUGGCCUAAAAUUCAUUGUGGACAUAGUGAAGCUAAAUUAAAGUACUUAAAAAAAAAAAA